CUCUCUCUCUCUGUCUUUCCUCUUUAUAUCUUUCUAGCUCUGCUUCUCUCUUUCCCAUUCUUUUAUUUCGUCAUGUCAAAUUUAUUCUUAUUCAUCUUUGCCGGCCUGGUUCUUACAAGGAAUUCCUUAACAAGCAGCGAAACAUGCACCAACCAAUGCAACUGCAGAACCUGGUUUGGGGUGAAUGCAUGCAGAUUUAGUGAAUAUCUCCAGGAGAAAUGUAAAUGUUGUCCAGGUUUCUACAUCUCAAACGAAUACACAUGUGAAGACGUAAAUGAAUGUUUGAAGAAACCAGCAAUCUGUCAACAGACCUGUAUAAACACCAUAGGAAGUUAUCACUGUUCUUGCAAAAAGGGGUUUUACCUGGAAAAAGAUAACCACACCUGUAUAAGUAAAACCAACUGUAAGAACAUGUAUCCCCAGUGUGAACACAAUUGCACAGACCUCAAAACUGGUCCAGUUUGCUCUUGUAGGGAAGGCUAUGAACUGUCUCAUGAUGAAUUUUCUUGUGUUCACAAAAUAAAAUGUCAUCGUUCCUUCAACUUCUGUCAGCAUACUUGUGUCCCACAUCACACAGGAUAUAAAUGCAAAUGCAGAAAAGGUUUUAAGCUAGACCCCAACGGUUACACUUGCACUAAGAUAACUCAUUCUCAUAGAAGGCAUCAUUUCUUUAGAGGUGGGCAUAGACAUGUUAAACGUCCAACAGUCCAACCUGACUAUGGUCAUCACCAUCACUAUGACUACGAUCAUGAGGAGAAUGACUACUACUAUCAAUAACUCAACCAGUAAGCUCCUCUACAAAAUAAUAAUGAUAAUGAUAAUGAUGAUGAUAAUGAUAAUAAUGAUGAUGAUAAUAAUAAUAAUGAUAACAAUAAUAAUAAUAAUA